CUUCACGUUACUCGGUCAUAUGAUCACGUCUUGUCUUGUCUGGUGAUAGAAGGGCGAGUCCAGAAACUAAUCUCCAGUCGUCCAUUUAAUUAAAAUAAAUAUCUCUUGCCAGUUUUUAAACAAAAUAAAUAAUAAUGAAGGGUUGCAUUUUUAAUAUCGACAACGGAUACCUCGAAGGUUUGUGCCGUGGAUUCAAAUGUGGAAUUUUACAACAGAGUGAUUAUCUUAAUUUAGUUCAAUGCGAAACACUCGAAGAUUUAAAAUUACAUCUUGCUGGUACUGAUUACGGGAGUUUUCUGGCAAACGAGCCUUCACCAUUGGCUGUCAGUGUCAUUGAUGACAAAUUAAGGGAAAAAUUAGUCAUUGAGUUCCAGCAUAUGCGUAAUCAUUCUGUUGAACCACUGGCCCAGUUCCUGGACUUUAUAACCUACAGUUACAUGAUUGAUAAUAUUAUUUUGCUGAUAACUGGAACUUUGCAUCAGCGACCGAUAUCAGAGUUAAUUCCCAAGUGUCAUCCGCUGGGUAGCUUUGAGCAAAUGGAAGCUAUACAUGUUGCUGCUACACCUGCUGAGUUGUACAAUGCAGUAUUAGUUGAUACUCCACUUGCUCCGUUUUUCGUCGACUGCAUCUCCGAGCAAGAUUUGGAUGAAAUGAAUAUUGAAAUUAUAAGAAACACUUUGUACAAAGCGUAUUUGGAAGCUUUCUAUAACUUUUGUAAGGACAUUGGAGGGACUACUGCUGAUACAAUGUGCGAAAUUCUUGCUUUUGAAGCUGACAGACGUGCUAUUAUUAUAACUAUCAAUUCAUUUGGUACUGAGCUGGGUAAAGAUGACCGCGCUAAAUUGUACCCACGUUGCGGGCGUCUUAAUCCUGAUGGUCUCGCUGCUUUGGCGCGGGCUGACGAUUACGAGCAAGUCAAAGCCGUUGCUGAGUAUUAUGCUGAGUACAGUGCUCUCUUUGAAGGAGCUGGUAAUAAUCCUGGAGAUAAGACUCUUGAAGAUAAAUUCUUUGAACAUGAGGUACGUUUAAAUGUCCAUGCAUUUCUUCAGCAAUUUCAUUUCGGAGUAUUCUAUAGUUAUUUAAAACUAAAAGAACAGGAAUGCCGUAAUAUCGUUUGGAUUUCUGAGUGCGUUGCCCAGAAACAUCGCGCCAAAAUCGACAACUACAUACCGAUAUUCUAAAUAAAAUAAACCGGCACUCAUAAUUAAUUUAAAUGUGUACAUUAAACAAUAAACUAAAAAAAAUAAUUAAACAAAUGACCUCAUCUAUUAAGCUAUUGUUGGCGCCUCCAUACAUAACGGCGUAUAUUUUAUUAUUUAAUGAGGAAAAUUGUAUAGAGUAUUAAUAUUAACCGUGAGUUAACUUGUUAUUGUCAUUAAUAAUUAAUAUGUUAUAAAAUUAUAAUUGCAUUACAUUCCUAAAUUGUGUACCCAAAUUAACUCAAAUCAUAUAUAAAUAUAUAAAUAUAUUAAUAAUGUAUAUGUAUAUGUGUAAAUGUAUAUCAUACAAUAAAAAAAUCCAUUAAUUUA